CAUUCUUCCUCCACACUCCAGGUCCUUGUGCCUCUCCAUUCUUCCUCCAUACUCCGGGUGCUUGGGCCUCUCCAUUCUUCCUCCAUACUCGGGGUCCUUGGGCCUCUCCAUUCUUCCUCCAUACUCGGGGUCCUUGGGCCUCUCCAUUCUUCCUCCAUACUCAGGGUCCUUGGGCCUCUCCAUUCUUCCUCCACACUCCAGGUCCUUGUGCCUCUCCAUUCUUCCUCCAUAUUCGGGGUCCUUGGGCCUCUCCAUUCUUCCUCCAUACUCGGGGUCCUUGAUCCGGGUCUUCCCGUUCUCCCCUCGGUAAGCGGUCUUCCCCGGUCUCCCCGUUCUCCCCUCGGUAAGCGGUCUCCCCGUUCUCCC